AUGGACAAUCCCAGGUUGAUAGGACGAGGUCUGGCGCCUUUUGAUCUUUAUCCUUACAACCCGUCCAAAACAGCUGGCUGGGUAUUUGUCGUCAUCUUCGGCAUUGGAGCAGCCGUACAUUUUGUUCUGAUGUUUCCUUUGCGAGCGUGGUUCUUCAUUCCAUUUAUACUUGGUUGUGUCGGUGAAGCGUUCGGUUAUUAUGGCCGAGCAUGGUCUCACAACAAUAUCCGAGAUGGCAGUCCGUAUCUUCUCCAACUCAUGCUCAUCCUGGGAUCUGCACCGCUUCUCGCUGCCACCGUCUACAUGACACUAGGCCGUUUCGCCCGCUCUCUACAAGCGGAGAAGUACACAAUUAUGAGUGUGCGAUGGGUGACAAAAAUCUACGUCCUGAUUGAUAUUGCAAGCUUUGGUUGCCAGAUGGCAGGUUCUGCUAUGCAAGCGAGUAGUGACCCCACCGGAAUCAAGCUCGGCCAGCAUAUAGUCAUUGGGGGAUUGAUUGUUCAACUUAUUGCUUUGGGAUGGUUUAUUUUUGAGAACACGAUUCUUCAUAUCCGACUCACCAACGGGCCAACUGUUAUCACGUUGAAAGAUCCCUCAAUUCCCUGGAGAUCAACGCUUUGGAUGUUGCGCGGUGUUAGUGUGCUUAUUUUCAUACGGAGUGUUUAUCGGUUGAUAGAGUUCACCAGUGGUAGUGACAGUGCUCUGACAAAACAUGAGGCUUUCUUGUAUGUUUUUGACGCGUCGCUGUUGUCUCUGGUUGCGUUUCUCUUUGUUGUGAUUCAUCCUGGACGACUUUUCCGGAAGAUCCGCAUAUUGACAUUGCACUCAUUGGACGAGGAUGGGAGUAUGAUGUUGGAUGAACGUCCUUGA